AUGUCGCACGCUCUACCCUCACAUCGUAGCAACGGUAAUUGCCAGUCGACGCAGAGUCAAAUUGCCGAUCUGACGGACUCCUUGCGUGACUCCAAAGUUCACCUGCUGCUGGCCGCUUCGGGGUCCGUCGCUACCAUCAAACUGCCCCUGAUCGUCAAGGCCCUUUCCGUUCACCCCAAUCUCAGCAUCCGCGUCUUGCUCACGCCGUCUGCUCGCCGCUUCCUAGCUGGACAGGCGGCGGAGCAGCCCACUGUAUCUAGUCUCCACGACUUCCCCAGUGUGGAUGCAGUAUAUUUUGAUGAAGAUGAGUGGAAGGAGCCAUGGAAAAGGGGCAACAGCAUUUUGCAUAUUGAGCUGCGGCGUUGGGCAGACAUGCUUGUCAUCGCACCACUGAGUGCGAAUACUAUGGCCAAGAUUGUGGGCGGUAUGGCUGACGGCAUCAUCACAAGCGUGGUUCGUGCUUGGGACGCUAGGGGAGAGCUCGACUCUGAUGUAGCGAUGAACACAGCGAUGUGGCGGCAUCCCAUAACUGCAAAACAGAUCAAAACACUGAGUGACGAAUGGGGUGUAGGAAAGGAUGGGCAAGGUAACGGCUGGUUUGAGGUCUUGUCAGUACAGCAGAAAACACUUGCAUGUGGUGAUAUCGGUGAUGGAGCUAUGAUGGAGUGGACAGAGAUAGUAAAAGUCAUCGAGGACAGGCUGAAUUUGACGGAAUCCUGAUGAUUUGCCAGAAGAAAUGUGCAUUGCCAUAGGCUUGUGAGUACCAGCUGAGUACCAUUUCUUUUUCCAAUCUCCUGUUUACAGUCUGCCGCCGUAUUGCAUGAACCUUUCGAAGGGCAACCUAGUCAAAGGACAGGUUCUUCAAGCCACCAGCCGUCCCCUUGUGCAGGCUACUGAGCUUUGCGAUUAUCGCCCGUCCUUGUUGUCCAUGUUCGUGUCGCUGUCCCAUCCAGAGUACUGGUCCCAUUCUGCAUCCUUGCCUGCAAUCAUGCGGUUCAUCACUACGGUGUAGAGAGUCAGCUGAGCAU